UGUUGGGGGGUGGUGCUGUGGAGUCGAAGUGCUGGAGCAGGUGGGGGCGGGGUAGGGCGUGCUUUUAACCUCUGGGACCCGAGGUUUCCUCUAAUUCGGCGGUGAGAGCGGAUUUCAUCCCAGAAUCCCUAUGGCUUUCUCUAUGGGGCCUUGGGGGAGCAUUCUAAACCUUGCCAGCAGAGCACUAAGUCAACGCUGUUUCAGCACCACGGAGGCUCUUGGAGCAAUACAGAAGAUGACCAGAGUUCGUGUGGUGGACAACAGUGCCUUAGGCAACACUGCAUACCAUCGCCCACCUCGAUGCAUCCAUGUCUAUAAUAAGACUGGAGUGGGCAAGGUGGGAGACCGGAUACUGCUGGCCAUCAAGGGGCAGAAGAAAAAGGCCCUCAUUGUGGGGCACCGAAUGCCUGGCCCCCCAAUGACACCAAGGUUUGAUUCCAACAAUGUAGUCCUCAUUGAGGACAAUGGAAACCCAGUGGGUACUCGCAUCAAGGUACCAAUUCCAACGAGUCUCCGGCGGCUGGAAGGCGAGUAUUCCAAAGUGCUUGCCAUCGCCCAGACCUUCGUAUGAGAGGCCAGGGACUCUUGACUGCAGGAAGUACCCUUAGAGAGAGAAAAUUCACAGAUCAGUCCUCCACUGAGAAUAAGACUUGGGGGAAAUGGAGACUUCCUCCUUUCUAUCUCCUUCUUUCCCCAGGAGGGAGGGAAACCAAAUUCUGUGAAGUAAUAAAAAUAUUUUAUGUAUA